GCGCACACACACACACACACACACACCCCUUCCACCGACCGCUCCCACCAGGACCCCAGAGUUGGACGCGCUGCAGAACCUACUACCACCACCCCCACCCCCCACCCCCGCCCCUCCUCCUGGAGUGCUGGGUUUUUCCAGCCGGAGCCUCACUCCCUCUACUGCAAUCUCGGGGAAAUUGGUGUCUGACGCGGCUGCUCCAGCACGUUAUUUAUUGAUUUACUCUGUCCCCCGGGGAGACCCUCCUGUCAGGAGAGCUGCGACCCGGAACUGAGCGAGGCGGGAAGCGGCGGGGCCACGGGUGGCGGGGCAGAGGGGAUGGAGACGAGGACGGUUCAGCAGCCCCCGCCCUGCUCAUCAAGCUCCGGGAGCCCCGCAGGGGCCACCCGGCAGGAGGCCAGAAGAGUGGAGGGAGACUCCAGGAGGAGGGGACAGGAGGCAGCGCUUCGCGACCGAGCCCCCCUGAGCCAGCAGCGCCGGCUCAGACAGGCCACCCAGUUCCUGCACAAGGACUCUGCCGACCUGCUCCCCCUGGACAGCCUCAAGAGGCUCGGCACCUCCAAGGACUUGCAGCCGCACAGUGUGAUCCAAAGACGCCUGGUGGAGGGAAACCAGAGUCGGUUUCAGGGGGAGUCUCCCCCCACGCAGGCCCCAAUUCACAGCCAGGAGAGCAGGAGGAAGACCAGCAAGACACAGAUUCCUGCUCUUCUGGUGAACUGCAAGUGCCGAGACCAGGAGCUUCGGGUGGCCGUGGACACAGGCACCCAACACAACCAGAUCUCGGCUGGGUGCCUCAGCCGCCUGGGGUUAGGGAAGAAGGUCCUCAAAGCCCCAGGUGGGGACGUGGCACCUGGGCCCCCCACGGAGGUGGAGCAGCUGGAGCUACAGCUGGGCCAGGAGACGGUGGCCUGCUCAGCCCAGGUUGUGGAUGUUGAGAGUCCUGAAUUCUGUCUUGGACUGCAGACUCUGCUUUCUCUCAAGUGCUGCAUCGACCUCGAGCAUGGAGUGCUGCGGCUGAGGGCCCCCUUCCCAGAGCUGCCCUUCCUGCCUCUGUACCAAGAGCCUGGCCAGUGACUGAUGAACCAGUCAUUCCCCGGGGGAAGGACCUUGCCUCAGGGAAGAGCCGUGUUGGGGAAUGGGGCAUUACUAGAGCCAGGUACCUGGGACUACCACGUCUGUCCCUUCUGUCACCACCCUGACCCUGCCGUCCCAUUGGCCUCAGUCAGCCACAUUCCUCUCUGCUUCUCAGCAACUUCCCAAUCCUCCAGAAGACUUCCAGAAAGAGGGCCCAUGAUCUCAGGGGACUGGCCUCCCCGUUCCCCUCCAAAUCAGGACUGUGGAAAAGGAUGUAAGCGUGGCGUGGUAGGAACUGGCCCAAGUCAAAGGCUGCAGCCCAUACUGUCCUUUACCUGCCUCCAGAUCCACCCCACACACCCCUCGGUGGCCUUCACUCCCAUGCCUCUCCCUUUCCCUCCUGGGGCUUAGUACCUUUUGCAACUAGACUGCCACAUCUCACCCACCAGGGGUCCUGUCCCUGCUGCCGCCUGCCUUUCUGAUUCUGCGCACAUCUGCUCACAGCUGAGUGGGGGAAGAAACACGAAACAGAAUACUCUGGUACAGUAGAAAGGCGAGUUGGCAGAGGAGCUUCAGAAGCUUUCUCAGUUACCUUUCCUGGGGUUGCAAAUGUCGGAAGUCAGUUAUUAUUUGAUUUCCCUGUGCGAAACCUUGGGUGUACCUCUAGCAUUGCUCCAGGUGUCUCUCCUCCUCCACUUGCUUUUUUACACUUCAGGGGGAUGGCAAGGAGCCCUGUUGGGAACUACCCCCACAAGGUGGACAGGAUGGCAAGGCCUGGCUGUACUCAGACUUGGAACCUAACCAGUAGUCUUUCUUAUUUCUAGAACUACUCACCUCAUUAGACGUUCCUUCUUCCCCUCAUCUCUGGCCUCCUGAGCUUGAGCUUGUCUUAUUUUGGAAUCUUAUUUUGAUCCCUUGCCAGGCUCUGAGCCAAAGCACAAAAACAAGGAGGCUUUUCAUCUUCACUGUAAAGAGAGGAACCCAAACCUUAAGGAACCAGACACCCUGAGCAUCUUUCUGGCAGGUUUGAGUCUCUCAAGUCACGGACGAAGGGGA